GAAACCGGCAGGGUGGAAAAUGAGAGAAAUCCCCGGCCGUUAAAGGGGCCGAGUCCGGGACCGUAGCCGAGAUGGAGCAGCAGGCGGCCAUGGGGCCGGCCCAGGAACCAGCCGGACGGGAGGAAAUCAGUGUCCUGGAGGAAGCUGUGGACAAAAGCAUCUUUAGGGAUUGCAGUCAGAUUGCCUUCUACAGGCGUCAGAAACGGCCACGCCCCGGGCAGACCCGCUACCGGGGCUUGCUGGACUCCGUCGCCGCAGGGAGGGACCGUACCAAGUUCCUCGUCGUCAACGAGGACCUUAAGGUCCGUCUGCAGGUGGAAUGCUCCCAAGUAGAGGAAGACGUUUUCCGGCUGAAAAUCGACGAGGAGGCUCCCCUGAAGCCGAGGUUUGAGGUCCCCGACGUCCUCCCGAGAUCCCUGGCCACCAGAGGACUGACGGCCCGGCCCGGCGACCCGGGUCACCUCGUGCUGGCGAGCGGCGACGGGGCCUGGAAGUUCCGCGUCGCGGCGGAGCCGUUCAGGAUCGAUUUGGUAACUGAGGAGGAGACGGUGCUGGGCAUAAACUCCACGGACCAGCUGUACUUCGAGCCUCUCCAGACGCCCCCCAGACACAGGGAACCUUCCCCCGGAGGAGAGGAAGACCUAUCGACCAGCUCCUCCCAGGGGAAGGAAGAGGACCUGGGCCUCUGGGAGGAGAGGUGGGGCCCGUUCGUCGACGUCAAGGCCAACGGCCCCAGCUCCGUAGGCCUGGAUUUCUCCCUGCCCGGGUUCGAGCACGUCUACGGGAUCCCGCAGCGUGCCCAGAGCCUCCAGCUGCCGGACACCGGCAACGGGGAGGCGUACCGGCUCUACAACCUGGAUGUCUACGGGUACGAGAUCCACGACAAAAUGGGCAUCUACGGCUCCGUGCCGUACCUCCUGGCCCACAGCCAGGGCAGGACCGUGGGCGUUUUCUGGCUGAACGCCUCCGAGACCCUGGUGGAGAUCGGCCGCCGGGCCGCCGUGGAGACCGGGGCCCGGCCCGGCCCCGGCCCCGGCCCCGCUAAGAAGAGAGCCAAGUGCCACACGGCCGUCCGCUGGAUGUCGGAGGGCGGCGUCAUCGACGUCUUCCUGCUGAUGGGACCCACGCCUUCGGCCGUCUUCCAACAGUACGGGCGGCUCACGGGCCCGCCGGCCCUGCCUCCGCUCUUCUCCCUGGGGUACCACCAGUGUCGCUGGAACUACGAGGACGAGCGGGACGUGAGGGCCGUGGACGCGGGCUUCGACGGCCACGACAUCCCCUACGACGCUCUGUGGCUGGACAUAGAACACACCGAGGGCAAGCGGUACUUCACCUGGGACCGGCAGAGGUUCCCGGACCCCACCGGGAUGCAGGACCUGCUGAGGGGCAAAAGGCGGAAGCUGGUCAUCAUCACCGACCCCCACAUCAAGGUGGAUCCCGAUUACUCCCUCUACUCUCAGGCCAAAGCGAAGGGCUAUUUUGUGAAAAACAGCGCCGGUGAAGAUUUCGAAGGCAUCUGCUGGCCGGGCGCCUGCUCCUACCUGGACUUCACGAACCCUGAGGUCCGCAAGUGGUACGCGGACCAGUUUGCCUUCUCUACGUACAAGGGCUCCACUGACGUCCUCUUCGCCUGGAACGACAUGAACGAGCCCUCGGUCUUCCGGGGGCCGGAACUGACCCUGCCAAAGGACGCCCUCCACCACGGCCAGCGGGAACACCGAGAGCUUCACAACAUCUACGGCCUUUACCAGCAAAUGGCGACGGCCGCGGGGCUGGUGCAGAGGUCCGGCGGGGAGGAGAGACCCUUCGUCCUCACGCGCUCCUUCUUCGCCGGCUCCCAGAAGUACGGCGCUGUGUGGACCGGAGACAACAGAGCGGAGUGGAGUUACCUGAAAAUCUCCAUCCCCAUGUUGCUCACGCUCAGCAUCGCCGGGAUCCCGUUCUGCGGAGCUGACGUAGGCGGUUUCAUCGGGGACCCGGACCCGGAAUUGCUGGUACGCUGGUACCAGGCCGCGGCCUUCCAGCCCUUCUUCCGCGGCCACGCCAACCGGGACACCAAGAGGCGGGAGCCCUGGCUGCUGGAGCCCCUGCACACCCGCCUCAUCCGAGAGACCGUCAGAGAGCGCUACACCCUCUUACCCUACUGGUAUUCCCUCUUCUACCGGGCGCAGGAGACCUCGGUGCCCGUCAUGAGGCCCCUGUGGGUGGAGUUCCCCACGGAACCGGAGACGUUCGGGGCGGAAGAGGAGUACAUGCUGGGGAACGCUCUGCUGGUGCAUCCGGUUACGGACCCAGGGGCCACCUCCGUGAACGUGUUUCUGCCUGGGCCAGCGGAGGUCUGGUACGACUUCCGGACGUUCGCUCGUCGGGAAGGGGCUCGCACCCUGGAGGUCCCCGUCACCUUGGAGAGCAUCCCGGUGUUCCAGCGCGGUGGCACCGUGGUGCCCGCCAAGACCUCCGUGGGCGGAUCGACCGGCUGGAUGGCCGAAGCGUCCUACGAGCUGCGAGUGGCGCUCGAUUCUGAGGCCUCUGCCGUGGGCGAGCUCUUCCUCGACGACGGACAUUCUUUCGGCUACCUCCGUCGGAACCGGUACCUGCGUAGGAAGUUUUCGUUCCAGUCAGGCACCCUCUCCUCCAGCUGUGAGGACGCCAAGGGGAAAUUCCACACCGACUGCGUGGUGGAGCGGGUUCUGAUCUUGGGGGUCGACAGGAAGCCGUCCUCAGUGACCACCGGCCCCCCCGGUGGGAAAGCCCGGGAAGCGGAUUUCACGUACUGCGCCGCCACCUCCGUGCUCUCCCUGGAGAAGCUCCGGUUGGCCGUGGGCGCCGACUGGGUGGUCCGCGUCAGGUGAGGCGAGGAGCCACCCCUUCGGACACCGGGACGGGACGCUCUCGGGAGGCUCAGAGAGAGAGAGACCGUGGGCCUCUGGACGCCGAGGAACCCUCUCCGCCGGGCCGGUCUCCGCGUCCUGCGGCCGGAGUUGCGGAGCGCGGCCUCGGCGCUGCCCGCUCGGGCGUCCCGUUCGGCUUUCGGCUUGGCUUCCGAUUUUGGCUCUUGGGUACGUGGCAGUAAACCGCUUGGGAUGCUUCUCCGCGAUGGGGACCGCCCGCCGUCGUCAUCA